AUGACCAAAAUCGACAACAGCACCAUCAACUCCGGGUUCAACGUGGGAAACGAGCUCGAAUACAUGCUAGACCGAAGCUACACCGCGGCAUCCAGACUAAACUAUCAAUUCUACCUCUGGAAAGACACCCUCCAAUUCAACCUCCACCCGUCGAUCCAGCUGCCAAAGAGUGAUUCCACUCCCAUCCGGAUUGCGGACCUUGCCACGGGCACAGGCAUCUGGCUCCUGGACCUCCUCCGCGAUCCUGCAGUGACGCAGCACACGUCAAUCCGGCUGGAUGGCUUCGACAUCGACCUGGCAAACGCCCCUCCACGCGAAUGGCUCCCGCCACCAGUCACGCUCCGCCAGCUGAACCUCUUCGAUAACAUCCCCCGCGACCUCCGCGGCAAAUACGACGUGGUGCACCUCCGCCUGCUAGUCCUCGUCGUGCAGAACAGUGACCCCCUCCCGAUUAUCCACAAGGCGCACCAGAUGCUCAAGCCCGGCGGCUACAUCCAGUGGGACGACCUGAACUACCCGGACAGCGAGAUAGUCAAAGGCAAUAAUAGCAUGGGUGACGUGGCCACUCCGGCGCACGACGCCUUUCUUCGAUUCGCACAGUCAAAUGGCCGCAAUGACUGGGUUCUAGAUCUCCCGCAUCAUUUGAUGUCGCGCCAUGGGGGGUUUGAGGAUGCGCAUUUAGACAACUAUACAGACCGGCCGGAGCUGCGCAAGGCGAAUGGGGACCAGUACAUUCUGGUCAUGGAGGAGUUUUCAGCUCGCCUCAAAUGCGUCGGGAAAGCCGAGGAUGCACGUAAUAUUGAUCUGAUGAUUAGGGGGUUGGCGGAGGAGGCGAGAUUGGGGGUUGGGUUGUCGAUGCCGAGGGCUGUGUGUGUUGCCCGGAAGAAGUAG